ACGAGCAAAGCCGAAGCCGAUUCGCCAUUUGACGUCAUGUCGCUGGAGAGGCUUCCCAGAUGCCAAUGCGUCGAAGUGUAUCGUACAAUGUAUGGAUGUCCGCCAUUCUGGUGGCAGAGCUUCAGACCCUCCGCUGCCUCUACCCCCUAUACAUAGGAGUUUUUGGCCGGCCCCAUGCAGUUCACGCCUCUCCAGUUAAAAGAGAAACUUCUAGGGGCACUUGACGAGGAUAAUAAUGUUAUUGAUGCAGCUGUGGUGCUGGAGGUAAUCUCCAUUUUAGAAAAGUUUCCAAUAACAAGAGAAGCACUUGAGCAAACACGGAUUGGUCGCCAUGUGAAUGAACUGAGAAGAAAGACUACCAAUAAGGAAUUGGCCAAGCGAGCAAAGAAAUUAGUGCGAGGAUGGCAAAAUCUAUUGACUGAUAAUUGUAAUGUUAAUGGUGAUAGUGUUAGUACACCACCUCAACACAGAAAUGUCAGCGUUUUACAAUCAGAUGGUAAUGAGUCAAAGCCAUCAAGUCCUUUUGCUCGAUCUCCAGCAAUAAGUAAAAGUUAUGUCACUCAAGCACGUUCUAGUCUUUCUCCUGCUGUUAGUGGUAGGCCAGUGACCCCAAAUUCUCACUCUAGAGCUACAGUAUCUAAACAACCAAAGGUACCCCAUGUUGGUACCCCUGAACUUAAUAGAUCUAAGUUUAGUCCUGGGUUACCCAGAAACUCGAGUACACCUAAUUUAAGAACAUCAGUUAACAGUCCUAACCUUCAAGUUUUACAAUCCUCUCGAUUAAGCCCUGCUGUCUCUCAUUCGUAUUCUCCCAAGCUACAAAACCAAGCCAAAGCAGACUUCACUGGAAAACCGAGUAAAUUAUAUUCCCCUAAAAUCAGGCCAAAUACACCAUGUCAGUCACCUCAGUUAUUAGGUGCUGAAAGGCCUGGAACACCAGUGGGAAAUGAAGACUCAUUAUCUAGUUUUCCGGGCACUCCUUCCUCAGUUCAGAGUGGCAAUAGUCAGGAAACUGGUAAUGGGCAUGCUAAGAAUAAAAAACGUAAAACAUCACCACAAAAAGGAGGAAAAGAGAAAAAAUCAAAUCAUUCCAGAGAAUCAUUAUCUCAAAGCAGUGAAAUUGGCUCAAGGGCAGAUCAAAGUAAUGUAUCUAAAACAGACAUUGCUAAUCGUAAACGAACACGUCCAGGAGACAACAAUUCUGUCCCACCGGUGAAGCAACAAAAACUAGAUUCUUCUGUUCAUAGUCUUUCAUCAAAACAUCCUUUGAAUGGAAAAUUGUACCAAAAAAAUUCAAGUGAUAAAGCAAAGCAUAAUGCUGUUGUGAUUAAUAGUGCUACCUUGGAAUCUUCACGAAGCUCCAAUAGUCCUCCACUAGAUAAAUCACUGGACUGUUCAACACCUAGUAACAAGAAAUCUGUCACCAGACAAGAUUCCCUUAAAUUUGGUUCAGCUGUAAAAACACCGAAAGUGAAAACAACGGCUGAGUUAAUCGCUGAGCUACAACAAAAAACUGGAAGUGCUAAUUAUGGAAAUGAUAUAUUAGAAAAAUUGAGAACAAAACAAAUAGAACAUGAAGCUGAUGUACAAUGCUCGGUUUUACCACCUGGUAUUAGACCAAGACGUAAACGUAAAAGUAAUGAUUCAUCAUAUAUCAGUGUGCCAUCCCCAUCAUUAAGUCAGACUAAAACUGAACUUGUUCAAAAAUUUUUACAAACUUCACUUUCACCCACAUCUACCGAUUUAAGUUCACAUAUAGAUGAUUUCUCUGUGAAAACAGAAUCUCCCAUUAACUCAUCUCAGAAUGCUGAAGAAUCAAUCAUUAAUAUUUCCAAGGACAAAAAACCAAAAGUUGUUAAAAAUGAAUCUGAAUAUAUGCAGCAAUAUAGUAGGGAAAUUGAGAACUCGAAGGAGUUAGUUGUUAAAACAGAACACAAUAGUGAACAGCAAGAGAAAAGACUAACUAUUGAUGAGAUCUAUAGUCAACUUCCACCUAUUGACAUAGACAGUAUUGAUUGGGAAAGUUCAGACUAUGUGGUCCCUGAACCCCAUUCUGUCCAUGAUGGAGAUGUUUUACGUGUACAUAGUGAACCAUGGGAAGGGGUAAAUGGCUGUCGUGAUCGAAAUAAUGUUUGGCAUGAUUGGGCAAGUACAUUAACUCUGUCAUCCUAUGAUGAUGACCCAUUACAUAUCUUGCCCUAUGUCAUUGUUGAUGAUUAAAUUAUGUUUAUUUAAAUUGAAGGAUUAUAAGAUGUGAACAUGUUAUUAAUAUAUGGAAUGUGUUAUGUGGAUGGGAGUUGUUUAUAUUGAUUUAUUACCUUCUUUCCUAAUAUUAUUUGUUGCAUCAAUCAACCUGUAAAAUUUGCAUUGAAAUUAUUGCUAUAAAAAUUUAUAUCAUGUUUUU